CCACUCCCACCACCCCAAAUUUCCUCCUUGUUUACAACAUCUGCAUGUGCGCUCUUUGAUUCCGCGAUACGACCUCCUCAACACAACAACUCGAUCCGAUCCCCCAAAUUUGCACAGCAACAAAUUUUCAAGUCUGACGUCCAAUUCGGUUGCAUUUUUCGUUUGCCUAUAUAAACCCCUUCUUCCUCUCCUCAUAACCAACUCACUGCUUCUCUCCUUCUACCCAUAAAAAAAGAAAAACAAAGUAUAAAAUGGCUGCCAUUUCCUCAUCCGUCUCCUCCAUUCUUGUGCUACUAAUGAUCGCAGUCACCGGGGCAUUUGCCGACUACGGAGGAUGGGUCGGCGGCCACGCCACCUUUUACGGCGGUGGUGAUGCUUCUGGCACAAUGGGGAGGUGCUUGUGGGUACGGCAACUUAUACAGCCAAGGGUACGGCACCAACACUGCAGCCCUCAGCACUGCGUUGUUCAACAGCGGGCUGAGCUGCGGGGCAUGCUACGAGCUCCAGUGCAACAACGACCCGAGGUGGUGCAGACCGGGCUCGAUCAUCGUCACGGCGACCAACUUCUGCCCCCCAAACUUGGGCCUCUCCAACGACAACGGCGGGUGGUGCAACCCGCCACUCGAGCACUUCGACUUGGCCGAACCAGCUUUCCUCCAGAUCGCCCAGUACAGGGCCGGGAUCGUGCCCGUGUCGUUCAGGAGGGUUCCGUGUAUGAAGAAGGGCGGGGUCAGGUUCACCAUCAACGGCCACUCCUACUUCAACUUGGUGCUCGUGACGAACGUGGGUGGCGCUGGGGAUGUGAGGUCGGUGUCGAUCAAAGGGUCCAAAACAGGGUGGCAAGCUAUGUCGAGGAAUUGGGGCCAGAACUGGCAGAGCAACUCAUACUUGAACGGCCAGAGCUUGUCUUUCCAGGUGACCACUAGCGAUGGCAGGACCAUGACCAGCAAUAAUGUGGCGCCUGGUGGGUGGCAGUUUGGGCAAACUUUCGAGGGUGGCCAAUUCUAAUUCAGAGCUACCACACAAGAAAGAAUUAAAGAGAGAUUCGCAUUUUGUUUUAAUUAAAUGUGUGAAAAAAGGCGGGGUCAAAAGGAAAGAAAUUUGUCUGAUUUGUUUCUUUCAGAGGGUAGAGGUAAGAACAGGAGGGGGGGUUGGGUCUGUUUGCGUUUGGUAUCUCGGCUUGCUCCCUAAUGCAAGUGGACGGGGGCUAGUGGCAGAGGUCGCAAAAUGGCACCCGCUGAGGCCUUUUUUAUUUUAUUUUAUUUUAUUACAUAUAGUAAGUGAUAUGAGUGGAAAUCGUCCAAUGAAAGUUUGUACACUACUUUAUUUUUCAAUUAAUUAGAAGCAAUUAUUCAUUUCUCAACAUCUAUUACCUUAGGAUCUUUGUCGAUGAAACAAUGAGUCAUGUAUUAUGGAA